CUCGUCCUUUGUACCCUGUGCAUCUGCCUGCUGCUGCUCCUCCCUCUUCCGCGUGCACUGCGCCCCACCUUCCGACCUGCAAUUAUUGGGAUGGGCGCCCUCUCUCCUCAGCCUCCCAACCUUGCCUUGUUGUUUAGGGAUGACCCAGGCAGCUUGCGUAGCACCUGCAACGCCUGCAGCAACCGUACCAGGAGAAGCUGGGGUUACCUGAUGCGCCUAUCAGGCCUUGUACGCCCGUGGCAUGCUCAGCACAAACUAGGUGUCUUGGGGGCUCUGAGUUGUGAAGGCAAAACUCCUACCAAUUCUAAAGAUCCGGAGUCGUCCUCGAAUCGCCUGUCGGUGCUUUUACACCCGCAUAGCGCAGUUGAGCGCUUUUCAAAGUGGGAAGGCGAAAAGGCUCUACUUUCUUCUCACCUUUCUGGGCAGUCAUGUGGCUCGGCGGAGCUGUUUGCUUCCUUCCAGCAGCACGACUCCUCAGAGCCGGCCGGAGAAGCUGACGGAAGCCAUUUUUGGGGUACACAUUACCUUCCAGCUGCGGCGACUGCAGCGGCAGUGGGGCCGCCAAGGGUAUCCAGUGGUGCUGGCGAUGUUUCACAAGGCGAAGAGAGUAAAUGUAAGGCGUGCCGCGUCGCUGCUUCUUGGCUGAAGCCUCCAGCUCCCAGCCGGCAGCAGCUGCUCCUGGCUUGCCCAUCACUCUCUCAAGGCUUUAUUCCGGAUAGUGUGUUGCUGCAGCACCGGCUGGUGCAGGGACUUUUGUUGGCCGUGCAAGAAGAGACGCGGUUCGUGAAGCUCGUACAGUUUGACAGGCAGUACUGGGUAACAUCUGUAGACGGAGACGUAGUGUUGCUGCACUACUACAGACACAGGACAGAUCCGAAGGCGUGUAGCACCAGCUGGGGGUCGGCAGAUCCAGCCGCUGCUGCCGAAGCAGUGGGCUGUACAGAUAGCCGAUUUCCACACGGAAAACCUCACGGCACGUGUGGAUGCAGGGGGAUUCUUUUCAUUGUCGGCGGUAUUGGGGCCAAGGCGUAUGACCUGCAAGUGCAGCAUGUGGUGCUGCUUGCUGCAGCGAAGGGGUUUUGUGUCUUCUUUCUCUCCUGCCUUAGGGGCAUAGAAGCCCCCAUCGCCAGUCUACCAACAGAUCUUACUACCAGUGCUGAUGUGCAAGCGGCCUUGGCCUUUAUUCUCUACAUACAUGUAAACGGGUUUGAGAAGAUACUUCAUCAGGAGCGCCACCAAGACCUGCAGAGCGAGAGGAAAGAAGGCAUCGACAAGGAUGAACGCAACGAUAAUUCUCGUUGCUCUCGGUCUCAGAUUGAGGAGCAAGAAAAGCGGGAGCAGAAAUUUUCACAAUGGGACUCGAGAUUAACGAUGAAUGAGGUGGACGUUGGCUUCCGCAAGAUGAUAAUGGAAGCUGCUGAGGAUGGAUUUCUCAAGUCAAUCCCUUCAGGUUUCAUACCUCCCGUCUUCUUACUGGGCUACUCUAUGGGCUCGUGUGCUGUUAUGCGUCUCUUGGGGUCUCUGGGUUUGCAGCAGGCCAUUCAGCGGCUACAGCAGAUGCAGCAGCAGCAGCGGCAAACGGAAGACACAAAGGAGUACCAGCAGGCAGCUGCGGGUACACCUUGCACCAGCACUAGCGACAGUAGUAACUGCAGCAACAAGAGCGAGCCCGACCUGUCGCCCUUCUGUCGAGAUCUAGCUGCUGCCGUGGCUAGCGAAUAUCUCCCUUCGCUUGAGUGGCUGCGAUUCCUCAAGGGCGCAGUUACUAUAUCCAAUGCAAUGUGUCUAGACAGCUGCAUAGGGUCUUUGGACAGGGCCUCUGGUAUCACCGGAAGGUUGUGUAAGAACACGAUGCUGAAGAUGUACAAGUCCAAGCAGUGGCUGGAACCCAGCAUUAGCUACAUGAACAAAGGGCUGGACCCUGGCCUUGUGGCAUUGUCCCAAAUGACGUCAACCCUGAGAGAAAUAGAUAUGCUUACACACCUCUCCAUAUGCCUUACUCCGGCGUCUCCCCUGGCUUGCUCACGGGUCUACUACGCCUUGACCACGUGCUUACCCCACAUGCUACUAGCUCCUUUACCCCUUUUGUGUCUUCACGCCCUGGAUGAUCCGAUUGUGGAACCUCUGGGAGUUUGCCGAGCAGCGGCAACAGUGCCUAAGUAUAACUCCAACUGCACCUACGCAGUUGUCGGUAAGGGAGGCCACAACCUGUUCCAGGAGUCGUUCUGGCCCCUCGUUGUAUCGGCAUUGUGGCGAUGGCUGCGAAGUUGGCUCAGGUCUGGUGUCCAAACUCAUAGGGUGUCGGUACAUCCAGAACACCUUUACAUAGAUGAGAGCUACCAAGCACGAGUAGCUCUUGAGUUCAUCACUGGGGUCUGGCGCCGGUGCAGUUGA